GAUUUGUUUAGUAUCUCAAUAUCUCUGUGGCUGUUUGUGGGUCUCUGAACACCUAACGUAAACGCUCGGCUAGCGCAACGUAUGGCGACCCCUCUGCCCUCCUCCUCCACCUCCUCAAACAGCUCACCCUGGCCAUCUCUGAUAAAACACGCUCCUUGUGCGCACUCCCUUAAUCUCCACCCCCACCCCCACCCCCACCAAUCGCUUUGUUGAUUUUUCAUCCAUUGCUCUUUUGCUUAAGCGCUUACACUUCUUGUUGUUCUAUGGCCGUACCUGUUGCUGCUCUGUUCUUUGUGCUGGUGCUCUGCUCACCCUUGUUAUCGUGCGCCCAGCGCGACGCUGAAACCUUAGCGGAAAUCGAGGCCUUGACGUCUUUCAAGCUCAAUCUCCACGACCCACUUGGAGCGCUCAGCGGCUGGGAUACGUCCACGGCAUCGGCUCCGUGCGACUGGCGCGGAGUCGACUGCGACACCAACCGAGUCACUGAGCUACGCCUGCCUCGUCUCCAACUUGGUGGCCGACUCAGCGACCGGCUGGCCGACCUGCGCAUGUUGCGCAAGCUGAGCCUCCGCUCAAACUUCUUCAACGGGACCGUCCCUCGAUCUCUCUCCAAAUGCACGCUCCUACGCGCCGUGUUCCUGCAGUAUAACUCGCUCUCCGGUACCCUCCCGCCGGAGAUCGGGAACCUUACUGGCCUUCAGAUUCUCAACCUCGCGCAGAACCGCCUCUCUGGCGAGAUCUCCGGCGAGCUACCUCGGAGCCUCAAGUACCUCGAUCUCUCGUCCAACGCUUUAUCCGGCGAUAUUCCGAGGAGCGUGGCGAACCUGAGCCAGCUCCAGCUCAUCAACCUCUCGUACAAUCAGUUCUCCGGGCAGAUUCCGGCGAGCUUCGGGGGGCUCCAAGAGCUUCAGUACCUCUGGCUCGAUCACAACCUCUUGGAAGGAACAGUUCCCUCGGCGAUCGCUAACUGCUCGUCGCUUGUGCACCUAAGUGCCGAGGACAAUUCGCUUGGCGGAGUGGUACCGGCGGCGCUCGGGGCUCUUCCGAAGCUUCAGGUGCUCUCGCUCUCACAGAACAACCUCUCCGGUUCGGUCCCGGCCUCAAUGCUCUGCAACGUCUCGACCUAUGCGCCGUCGCUUCGGAUUGUCCAGCUAGGAUUUAAUGGGUUCACGGACAUCGUUAACCCCCAAAUAGCAACGUGUUUCAGUGUGCUUCAGGUUCUAGAUCUUCAACAAAAUCAGAUACACGACGUGUUUCCCUCGUUGUUAACGCGUAUACCCACUUUAACAGUGGUGGAUCUUUCCGAUAACUUGUUCUCCGGCGUGAUUCCGGCGGAUAUUGGAAAUCUCUCGAGGUUGGAGGAACUCAACGUGGCGAAUAACUCGUUCAGCGGUGCGAUUCCGAUAGAGAUCAAGCAAUGUAGCUCACUGCGCCGUCUCGAUUUCGAAGGAAACCACUUUGCGGGAACGAUUCCUGAUUUUCUCGGUGAUAUGAGGGGUUUGCAGCUGUUAUCCCUCGGAGGAAACUCGUUUACUGGGUCUGUUCCGGUGAGUUUUCACUAUCUUUCGGUGCUUGAGACCUUGAUCCUGAGAGCCAACAGGUUGAAUGGGAGUCUUCCAGAGGAACUAAUGGGAUUGAGCAAUUUGACUACACUGGACCUCAGCGGUAACGAUUUUUCUGGUGAAAUUCCUUCGAGCAUUGGGAAUUUGAGUAGGCUAAUGGUCCUGAAUCUGAGCGGUAAUGGGUUUUCCGGGAAGGUCCCGGCGAGCUUGGGAAAUCUCUUCCGGUUAACCAGUCUCGAUUUGAGCAAACAGAGACUUGUCGGUGAGUUACCGUUUGAACUCUCGGGUUUGCCGAAUCUGCAAGUGAUUGCUCUGCAGGAGAACUCUUUGUCCGGGGACGUUCCUGAAGGGUUUAGCAGUUUGAUGGGUUUGCGUUAUUUAAACCUCAGUUCCAAUGCCUUUUCCGGUCACAUUCCGGUAAACUACGGUUUUCUACGGUCACUGGAGGUUCUCUCAUUGUCCAAUAAUAAAGUUUCAGGCCUGAUUCCACCAGAGCUCGGAAACUGUUCUGAUGUCGAAGUUCUCGAGCUACGGUCGAACGCUUUGACGGGCCACAUUCCGGCCGAUCUCUCUGGGCUCUCGCGUUUGAACGUGCUUGAUUUGGGUAUGAACAAUUUGACAGGUGAAAUCCCAGAGGAGAUUUCUAAGUGCUCGUCCUUGACCGCUUUGUUGCUGGACUCAAAUCAUCUUUCGGGUGGCAUACCGGUCUCACUGUCUGAGCUAUCCAAUUUGACUAGGCUGGACCUUUCUACAAACAACUUGAGUGGGGAAAUUCCUGCUAACCUUACAAUGGUUUCCACCUUGGUUAGCUUCAAUGUGUCGACUAAUAAUCUUGAAGGCGAGAUCCCGGAACAGCUGGGUUCUAGGUUUAACAAUCCAUCGGCAUUUUCGGGUAAUCAAUACCUAUGUGGGAAGCCAUUGAAUCGAAAUUGUAAUGUUGUGGUGGAGAGGAAUAGGAGGAAAAGGCUGAUUCUGUUGAUUGUUGUGGCUGCUUGUGGGGCUUGCCUACUGGCAUUGUGUUGCUGCUUCUACAUUUUCAGCCUCUUGAGGUGGCGCAAGAGGCUCAAGGAAAGAGCGUCUGGGGAGAAGAAAAGGAGUCCAGGAAGAACAAGCUCGCGAGCAAGUGGAGGCCGUGGAAGUAGCACAGAUAAUGGGGGUCCGAUGCUUGUAAUGUUCAACAACAAAAUCACACUGGCGGAGACAAUUGAGGCAACUAGGCAGUUCGAUGAGGAGAACGUGCUGAGCAGGACACGGUAUGGAUUGGUCUUCAAGGCCAGCUACAGUGAUGGAAUGGUGCUCUCAGUCCGGAGACUCCCAGAUGGGGCACUGGACGAGAACAUGUUCAGAAAAGAAGCAGAGUCUCUAGGCAAAGUGAAGCACCGAAACCUGACAGUUCUUCGAGGCUUCUACGCUGGGGCCCCUGACAUGAGGCUCCUAAUCUACGACUACAUGCCCAAUGGAAACCUCGCAAGCUUGCUCCAAGAAGCGUCUCACCAAGACGGCCAUGUCCUCAACUGGCCAAUGCGCCACCUCAUCGCUCUCGGAAUCGCCCGUGGCUUGGCCUUCCUACACAGUUCCUCCAUAGUGCACGGUGAUGUCAAGCCUCAAAGCGUUCUAUUCGACGCCGAUUUCGAAGCCCAUUUGUCAGAUUUCGGGCUAGACCGACUCACCGCCGCAACUCCAGCGGAAGCCUCCACUUCAACUUCGGCUGGGACUUUGGGCUAUGUGUCCCCGGAGGCAGUCCUAACAGGGGAAGCCACAAAAGAAUCGGACGUCUACAGCUUCGGCAUAGUCUUGCUGGAGCUCCUAACUGGGAAGCGACCCGUGAUGUUCACACAGCAGGACGAAGACAUCGUUAAGUGGGUGAAGAAGCAGUUGCAAAAGGGUCAAAUCACGGAGCUAUUGGAGCCUGGAUUACUUGAGCUUGACCCGGAAUCAUCAGAGUGGGAAGAGUUCUUGUUAGGAGUCAAAGUUGGGUUGCUAUGCACAGCACCGGACCCCCUCGACCGGCCCACCAUGCCCGAUAUCGUCUUCAUGCUGGAGGGUUGCCGAGUCGGGCCCGAUAUCCCCUCCUCCGCCGAUCCCACCUCCCAACCAUCUCCGGCGUAACCCGAACCACUUUCUAUUUCGGAAACGUGCCUUUUUUAAUUCCAUAUGUAACUGUAGCCGAAUUUUUAGAGUUUUUCUUUCUUUCUUUUUUUAAGUUUUUGCCAUUGUUUGUAUUCCUAUUGAUGCCGGCUUGGGAGAAGGUGGGGUCCACAAUGGUGGUUGAAAUCCAACGCUUUCAGUCAACGAUUGGAACAGCCAUGGGGCCGUCACGAGCCCCAUUUCCCGCCAAAAGGCUUGAAUGACUUUUUUUUCUCUCUGUGUUGGUCACGUGGCUUCAUGCCGAAGCCCCGGUUGUCGUUAUUGUGGGGCUGAGCUAAAAAAAAGUAGCCGUUAAUGU